AAGAAGACACGGUUUCUCAAGAUCAGUGGUGGAAAUGCAAAAACAAAAAAAAGACAAUUAAAAAAGUGUUAAAGAUUUUUUCUCUUAGGUUUUUUUUUUUUUUUGGAAACACGAUGCAGCUGAUAGUGAGCAGGAUGUUUUUGCUGCAGUUUCUUGGUCUGCUUACCUUCCUGUCUGUGACCUCUGGCCUGACGGUGAUGCUCGGUCACACGGCCACCAUUCCCUGUAACCGUAGGUGCUCUGAUUUUGAAUGGUUCAGAAAGGACUCCCUGGUGUGUAGUUUUACAGAAGGAAAGCUCAAUGUCGCGCCCGAGUUUGAGGGCAGGAUUGAGUUCUCGCAAGCUAACCUGAGCCAGGGAACCAUCUCCCUCACUAUCUCCAGUGUUGUGUACAAUGACAGAAGCUGGUACCUGUGCUCCUGUGAUGGUGACAAGAGCUGCGACCACUACCUGGAAGUACUUGUUCCAACUUCAGUAACUGUCAUGGUUGGAGACAAGGCUAAGCUACCUUGCUAUGCUGAAACGGAUAAACUCACAGCUGAAUCUAAGGCCUAUGUCGAAUGGAAACAAGAUGACAGGCUUGUGGCAAAGCUAGAACACGGAGAGACGGAAUCUGGUGCAGGAUUUAAGGAUCGAGUUUCUGUCUCCAAACAGGAUUACAAUAAAGGAGACCUCUCCCUCACCAUCGAUGAUGUCAGAUCCCCCGACACUGGCUUAUACAGAUGUUUUGUCCAGAAUGGAAAAUCUAAAUACCCUGAGGUCGUCGAACUCACUGUAACAGAUUCCCCACUACACUGGACUCAUUAUAUCUCAGUGUUGCUCAUUGCUGCUGGACUUGCUGGAGCUGGUGUUCUUCUCUGGAUUUACAGACAAAAGCUAUUUAAGGGUCUGUGUUGUUCAAAUGCACAGCAUCACCCAGUUGCAGUGGCUGAUGGGAGAUAAAGCACUUUUACUUGUUUAUUCUUCUUUGUUUAUUUUUUUUAACUUUACCUCAUUUUCAUUUGCUGCUCUAUAUGCACUAUAUGCACCUUAUUCAAUUUUAAUUACCUCAGUAUUAUGUAGUUUAGUAAGUGUGCUUUAGUUAAAAGAAUAAGCUUGAAAUUUUUUUUUUUUUAAUGAAGUAGAUUCAUGGUAAAGGCUCUGGGUUACUGCUCAAAAGGUCUAAGUCUUCGAGCAAACGAACCACCAAUCUGCUCAAUCAAAGGCCCUUAAGCCCCUCUGCUCCACCCUUAACCAUCUGCAAACCACUAACAAGCUGUAAAGAAGGGGAAGUCACUCUGCUGCAAUAUGUUUAUCCGAAAGCUUCUCCUUCAAACAUACAGUAUGCAUAUGGUAAAGUUACGUCCUGAACUACCCAACACUAUAGUGGUGUAUUUUCCAUUGUAUGAGACAAUACAUCCUUCAGGAGGUGAAAGAUAAAUCCUACUACUGUGCCAGCAUUAUCGGAUCCUUGGACCUUUGAACAAGAAUGUGAAACUCUACAGACUGAGGAUUCUUACAUCUAAGUCGUUCGGGUGCUACUGUAGAACUUUAUUGUAGUUUGGAUGCUUAACUUUUUCCCCUGACCUGAAAGACAAUGCAAAACUCAAAAAUAGUGCUAAUGAUUGUUUUGUCAUACCAGCAUUAAAUUAAGCUACCAGUGAUUGUGACAGUGAUGCCACACACACGGGCAUGUAACAACCAGUUAUAAAAGACAAGUAGGACCACAGUUCUUUAUUAGUGUGUUGACGGUCAACCGGAAAUAUUUUACAAAAAGUGUUGUCAUUUGUUCCAAUUAAAAAUAUUAAUGUCUAAAAGGUGCAUAAGCUGAUCCAUCCGACCAUUAGCCCAAAGCCUUUACCACUGAUCCACUACUUUUUUUUUUAACCUGUUUUAUUUUUUCACUGGAAACAUUUAAUCACUGAAACAGCAGAGUACAAAGUCGUGAGAGCUGUUGUUAGUAAACUUUAAUCACCUUUUAUAAUUGUGUGGUUAAUGUAAAUUAUUCUGACCUCAACCUUAAUAUGAAAAUGCUCUGCAUUCUCUUAUUAAUUUUCCAUAGUUCUCAUGUAGACAUUGAUUUACUUGAAAAAAAAUAUUUUACAAAACUGAAUUUAACAAGGCGGCAUAGUGAUGUAGUUAGGUUAGCACUAUCACCUUGCACCUUCAGGGUACGUGUUUGAUUACCAUCUCUGUAUUCAUGCAAUUUAAAUGUUUUUUUCCUGUGCUUGGUGGGUUUCCUCCGGGUACAUCGGUUUCCCCUUACGGUUCCCAAAUUGCCCGUAGUGUGUAAAUGAGUGUGUGAGUGUGUGUCUGUGUGCCCUGCGAUGGAUUGGCACCUCAUCCAGGGUGUACCCCGCAUUGUGCCCUAAGGCCUUGUUCACGCAGGCGUUGAAAUCAAGCAUUUUCUGGCGUUCGUAUCGUCCGUUGAGCGCGGAUCAAGUGCCGAGGGUUUUCUACACAUAGGAGUCAAUGAGAGUGUUUACACGGGCUUUGGGGACGUGCAUUUUUCAAAAAAAAAAAAAAAAAAUGUGCACGCAGCUUUUUCUUGGUUUUAAAUCCCAACAAACGCAAGGAAAACGCUUGUAGUGGGUUUUCGUCGCGUUCAUUUUACACUUCGGAGAACCGGAUAUAUCCCAUGAUCCUACAUGCUAUACAUAGGAAAAUGCAGGAAAAAAGCUAAAUAAAGAGGGUGAACCCGGUAGUGGCGGCGAUUGUUUUCUCUCCCUAUGUCGCCGUAUUACGAGAAUUUUUAAACAAGAAGAUUAAUGUCUAAUAUAGCAAAAUGGUCCAUAUUUAAAGGAGUCACCUCAAAUAAAAUGACAAGGGCUUUCAUAUCCAGUUCCUGACACACUGCCCCCACAGGAUAACACACAAACUAGAAUAUGGGCUGCAGGCUGACGUUAGACAGAAACAAACGAGCGCCGGUGUAGAAGUCAAUCGAGCGACACUACAAAAUGCAACACAAACGUCUAGGACGUUUAGAGCACGUUCGCUUAUCCAAAAAUUUAUCGCCCAUGUGAACGAGGCCUAAGUCUCCUGGGGUAGGCUCCAGGCCCUGUGUGACCCUGAAUACAUUAUAAAGUGAUGUGUAAGUGAGUGAAUUUGACAAUAAUGUGAAUGUAUCUGUUUAGACUUGAAUGUUUAGGGACGGCCCCUUUUUUACGCACUUUUAUCUAAAAGCACACAAAUGUACCUCAUUAACCUAUUUUAGUAUUUAAAGAUUUCUGACACUAUUUCUGUGCUUUCGCUAAAUUCUGUAUUUUUUUUUAGACAUUAUACAAGAAUGAGGACCAUUCUUUUUGUUUUCUGUUUUUCUCUAAAUUUCGUACUUCUUUGUAAACUUCUUCUGUCCUUUAUUUUUUUUAUUAUUCCAUUAU